ACGUAUUUCUUUUUAUUCAAGAACUCUAUCCAAUAUAUGCACAUUUUCCUUUUGGCUUUUGUAAUUUGUGUCUUUAAGACUUUGAAUAAUGUUUUUAAAUAAUAUUAACUUUAAUCUUUCAUACACCUUUCAGAAAUUUACUAUUUGUAUUUUGUUUUCUGUAUUUUGUAACACACAAGUUGUAAAUGAUUAUGUAUUGUUUUUCUGUUCAAUUCCAUCUUUCAUUUUUAUGCUUAAAAAUGUCUUCUUAGUCAUAUAUGCCCGUCUACAUUUUCUUCUAGUUCUUUUAUUAGAUAUAUUUAGUAUUAAUUCAUCACCCAUUUGAUACACGGUAAUUUUUUUCAUUAUGUGGACAUGAAGUAAAUAUCCUGAUUUUCAAAUGUUUCCAUUAUAAUUGGCUACCAUUGUCAAUUUUCUUAUUGGUUCUGAUACUUAUUUGGUUUCUUAGUUUUCCAGGUAAUAAUUUAUCUGCAAGUCAGUGUAACUUAUUUGUUUUUUAAUAGUUCAGUAUUAUCAUUGCCUUUUGUUGUUUCAUUGAGAACUUCCAGUACAAUUUUAGGAGGAGGAAAAAAACAAUGGCAAUGGCACCAAUCCUUCUCUUGUUCAUCUUUAUAUUCCUUAGAACAUACGGAAUGCAUUCUAACACAUAACUUAUUGAAGAGUAAUUUGGAAUUUUCUGAUGAAUCAACUGUCUUUAAUCUUCACAAGUUUGAAAGGUAUACGUUAUUGUUCCCAUUUCCCAGAUGGAGAAAUUGAGGUUCAGGAAGGUUACACGAAGUCCCAGGUCUAAGAAAAAUGUCUCCCAGAUUCCAAAAGAUGUUUCUAUUAUGCCAAUAGUGGCCGCUCAAGCAUUAGAGGAAAGGUUGCCCAUGGUAUCGCUGGUGUUUCUUCUUCCCACUUUCAAAUCUAGAAUAGUAAAAUUGCAAAAAUCCCAACAGGCAUGAGAGUUAUCCCAGUAGAUAGGUUAGGUUGGUUCUCUGCUGUGGUCAACGUCAGCUCUGUGGCGAGGCGGGUUCUCCCAACAAUAGCCCACACCAUUUCCAGGCUUUUCUGGGCGAGGGGCACGCCGGAGUGUGGAACUUCUCUGGAUGCUCCCGGCCCCCAAAGCGAGGAGACAGACAGCCCCGGUUCUCCGCAGCCCCAGGUUUGCACGUCAAGGACCGAGGGGCCCCUCAGCUCCGGCCGCCUCCUCUCCGCCGCCUCCUCUCCGCCCCCUGCAGGCUGGCCGGAGGGACAGCUCAGGGCCCAGGUCGGCGCAGGGAGCACGGAACCAAAGAGCCCUAGCACCGGUUCGGCCGCCUUUCCACAAAGCCCGGGCCGGCCAGCCCCGCCGCGAAGACUCAGCGCGGAUCGCGGCUCCCUCUCGUCAUGGCGCGGGUGCUGAUCGUGGGCGCUGGGGUGACAGGAAGCUUGUGCGCUGCGCUGCUGAGGAGGCAGACGUCCGGUCCCUUGUACCUUGCUGUGUGGGACAAGGCUGAGGACUCAGGGGGAAGAAUGACUACAGCCAGCAGUCCUCAUAAUCCUCAGUGCACAGCUGACUUGGGUGCUCAGUACAUCACCUGCACUCCUCAUUAUGCCAACAAACACCAACGGUUUUAUGAUGAACUGUUAGCCCAUGGUGUUUUGAGGCCUCUCACCUCACCUAUUGAAGGAAUGGUGAUGAAAGAAGGAGACUGUAACUUUGUGGCACCUCAAGGAAUUUCUUCGAUUAUUAAGCAUUACUUGAAAGAAUCAGGUGCAGAAGUCUGCUUCAGACAUCAUGUGACGCAGAUCAACCUAAGAAAUAACAAAUGGGAAGUAUCCAAACAAACAGGAUCCCCUGAGCAGUUUGAUCUUAUUGUCCUCACAAUGCCAGUUCCUCAGAUUCUGCAGCUUCAAGGUGACAUCACCAACUUAAUUAGUGAAUGCCAAAGGCAGCAGCUGGAGGCUGUGAGCUACUCCUCUCGAUAUGCUCUGGGCCUCUUUUAUGAAGCUGGCACGAAGAUUGAUGUCCCUUGGGCUGGGCAGUACAUCACCAGUAAUCCCUGCAUACGCUUCAUCUCCAUUGAUAACAAGAAGCGCAAUAUAGAGUCAUCAGAAAUUGGGCCUUCCCUCGUGAUUCACACCACUGUCCCAUUUGGAGUUACAUACUUGGAACACAGCAUUGAGGAUGUGCAAGAGUUAAUCUUCCAGCAGCUGGAAAACAUUUUGCCAGGUUUGCCUCAGCCAAUUGCUACCAAAUGCCAAAAAUGGAGACAUUCACAGGUACCAAGUGCUGGUGUGAUUCUAGGAUGUGCAAAGAGCCCCUGGAUGACGGCGAUUGGAUUUCCCAUCUGACUUCCUGGAAAUUGGAGCACACAGUCAGGUUUUAUAUGAUUUUUUUUUUUUUUAUGAUACUACUUCACAGCCUUUAGGAUAGCUAUUAUUUAAAAGCAAAACAAAAAGCAAAACAGAAGAUAAAUGUUGGGAAGGAUGUGGACAUAUCGGAUUCCCUUGUGCAGUGCCGGUGGGAAUGUAAAAUGAUGUAGCUACUAUGGAAAAUGAUAUGGCAAUUUCUUUAAAAAUGAAAUACAGAAUUGCCAUAUGAUCCGCAGUUCCACAUCUGGAUGUCUAUCUAUCCAAAAGAAGUGAAAGUAGGGACUUGAACUAACAUUUGUACACCAAUGUUCACAGCGGCUUUAUUCACAACAGCCAAAAGGUGGAAGCAACCCAAGUGUCCAUGGAUAGAUGAAUAGAUAAAUAAAAUGUGGUGUAAACAUACAAUGGACUAUUAUUUAGCCUUAAAGGGGAAGGAAAUUCUGACAUGCUGCAAUAUGGAUGAAACUUAAAGUCAUUAUGCAAAGUGGAAUAAGCCUAUCACAAAAAAUGAUAUUACAUAAUUCUACUUAUAUGAGGAAUCUAGAGCAGUCAGUUUCAUAGAGACAGAAAAUAGAAUGGUGGUUGCCAAGGGCUGGGAGAAGAGGGCACUGGAGAGUGAGUGUUUAGUGGGUCAGAGUUUUAGUUUGGGAAGGUAAAAAGUUCUGGAGAUGGAUGAUGGUAAUGGGUGCUUAACAGUGUGAAUGUACUUAAUGCCACAGAACUACCCAUUUAAAUAUGGUUAAAAUCAUCACUUUUAUGUUAUGUAUAUUUACCACAAUAAAUAAAGAAGUUGAUAUUUCUUAUACUUACAAAGAGGAGAAGGGCAUUUGCAAAUCAACAAGAAGUGUGAGGCCCUUCUCUCUAGAAGGCCUCUAAAUAGACUCAAUCUAUUUCUUUAUCUUUUAACAUCGUGUUUAAUGGAAAUGCCAAAACAAAUGGGAAAAAAUACACACACACAAAUAUAUAUGAACAUGUUUUGCCUCAUGAGUAAUCAAAAUGUGUACAUAUGUAUGUUUAUGUAUGUGUGUUUAUAUUUAAAAUCAUGUUCUGCCUUAUGAGUAAACAAAAAGUAUACAAAUUAAAAACUAUAAUGAAACAUAAUUUUUAACCUAUCAAACUGGCAUUUUUUUUGAAUGACUAAAUUCUAAUCAGGGAUUAAAAUGACUGGUUGAAGUAAAAGCUUUCACAUCCUGUUCGCAUAGUAAGUUGGCAAUAUGUAUCAAGUGUUUUCUAAAGCAUGUUUUCUAACUCAAUAACUUACAUCUAGGAAUCUGGCUUAAAGAAAUAAUCCAGGAUGCAGACAAUGGCUUAUUUGCAAUAUGUUUAUUUAAGCAUUAGUUAUGAUAGUGGAAAACUGGAAAUAACCUAAAUCAACACUAACAGGAAAUGGUUGAAUAAAUUCUAAUAGAUCAAAACAGUGGAAUUUAAUGCAGUCAUUUUAAAAUGUGGGUUUAAAGCAAAUUUUUCUGUCUGGGAUAUUUUUUGUGAUAUAAUGUCAAGAGAAAACCCACAAUAUGUAAUGCUAAGUCAAGAAUACAGGAUGCUUUCCAUUUCUAAUAAACAUGAAGUGAGUAUAA